AUGAAGAGGAGUCGUUCCAAUGAGCAGCGGGCGCGGGAAGCUGGAGCCCGCCCCAGGCGCAGCCGCGCGCCUCCCUCCACCUCCCUGCCGGUUCUUUUCACCCUGAGCGCCGCUCCAGCCCGGAGGCGCCCCGUCUCCUGCCCAGCCAUGGGGAGCCCUACGCUUCUUUUUCUGCUUUCAGUGGUGCUAAUCGCGAUGGACAGCGAGGCCGAUGAAGCAGAGUGUAACAAUACGCGGCAAGCUGCAUGUGGUGGAAAGUGCAUUCCUGUGGCCUGGCUCUGCAAUGGUGAGCAAGAGUGCGCAGAUGGAACUGACGAACAGUGUGAGGAAGCAUGCCGUGGACAUCCACAAGCCUGGCAGUGUGACGAUGGGAGGUGCAUUUCUGUCAGUUGGCUUUGUGAUGGUGCUGGGGACUGCUUGGAUGGCUCCGAUGAGGUUGAUUGUGACGUGAAGGUGACAGCAUGUCCAGACCAUAAAGUCCAGUGUCCAGGAAAGUCUCGGUGCCUGGAUGCUGGGGAACUCUGCGAUCUCCAUCAGGACUGUGCAGAAGGGUCCGACAGAGCACACUGCCCCCAGAGCCAUUGUCUGGCUGGGCAGUGGCAGUGCCAGAACAAGGUGUGUGUGAUGGACAGCUGGAGGUGCGAUGGCAUCGACCAGUGUGGCGACUCCUCAGAUGAGCACGUCUGUGCUUCCUGUCCAGAAGGCCUGGUUGGAUGUGAUGAAGGGAGAUGCAUCCCAGAAUCUCUGAUGUGUGAUGGGGAAGCAGACUGUGCAGAUGGCACCGAUGAACCCACCACAUGUGGUAAAAACUGCUCUGUGAUGAACGGUGGCUGUGAAGGCCAGUGCAGUGACACACACUGGGGUGUCCGGUGUUCCUGCAGGGCAGGAUGGUGGUUGCAGCCCGACGGGCAGAGCUGUGCAGAUAUAGAUGAAUGCUCUAUGGUGUUCAGUCCUUGUGGCCAGCUAUGUCACAAUACACCAGGCUCUUACUCCUGUGACUGUAUUCAAGGUUACCAACUGAACAAUGGGACUGAAUGUCGAGUUACAGAUGAUGGUAUUAAAAUUCUUAUAGCAAGAGAUCAAGAGCUUGGUUUCCUGGAUCGAAGAACAGGCAACUAUGAGACUCUGAUUCCUAUAAAAUCAAGGCCCAUUUCUAUUGCAUAUGACCUUGAGAGAAGCACAUAUAUCUGGGUAGAUGAAGUCCUAAAUGUGUUUGUCCUUGGGAAACCAAACUCUGUUCCCCUUUACCCAGAGCUCACAGCGGUGAAUAGCAUCUCCUUGGACUGGUCCACAGGACAGUUGUAUUGGGCUAGCAGCUUUGCAAGGGUCAUCUGUGCUGGCUUAAGUGAUGGCAGAGGCUAUGUCAAAAUUUUGGAAAAGGAUCUUGUGCCAGAGCAGCUGGUUGUGUUUCCUGAAAAGAAGUACUUGUAUUGGGUGAAUCGAGGUGGGACAGGCGUGAGGGCUGUUGAGUCUGCAGGCAUGGAUGGCUCUGACAGGAAGGUGCUCACUGUCCUAACCACAGAGGAGCCUUUAGGACUGACGUUGGACCAUGUGACUGGCAGGCUCUACUGGAUCAGUGAACACAAAAAGUCCAUAGAGACAGUGAAAGUGGAUGGAAGCGGGAGGUACACCUUUCCUGAGAUCUUCCUGGAAGAUGAAAACCCAGUAGGACUGGCUGUCUUUGAGAACUCUUUCUUCUGGGCAAAUAAGACACAGCUGUUUCAUACCUCACCCCACAGCCCAAAGGAGAGAGAGCUGUUACUGGAUGCCUCUGUAUCUGCUUUCUUGGUCCUCCACAAGUCCCAGCAGCCUAAGGCAGGCAGACACCCAGCUUGUGCUCCAGGCUCCUGCAGCCACUUAUGCCUUCUGUCUCCUGUCCACCCCAAGGGCUAUAAGUGUGUUUGUCCUGAAGGAAUGUUUCUUUCACCUUCUGGCACAUGUAGUGAGUUAAAACUUGUGUUUUCUUCUGGCAAACGUCUGUACUUGUUGAAAGUUGGCUCUAUGGGAUCUGCCAUAGAGAGAACUCUAGUUGAAGAACAUUCUGGGAACAUCUAUUUAUUGGAUAUUGACUGGAAAAGGAACCUCAUCUAUUGGACGAAUGCUCAGGGACAUCUGGUCUACUCAACUGGGUAUUCUGGACAAAAGCUAGAGAUCUGGACACGGCGUACUGUCUGCUCAGCAAAUGUAGACAUAUCAACAGGGCACCUGUUCUGGCUGCCUUGCGACAGAGGUGCUAUCCAGAAGACCAGCAUUCCUGGAGCCGACACACAUACCCUCUACAGCACCAGCAGCAUCAUACUGCAGCUGCUUCUCGACUGGCCCAGGAGGGUGCUCUAUUGGGUGGAAAGCGGGAAACACUUGCAGAGUCUAACCCUGGAUGGCAAAAUCAGACAGGAGGUCUGGAGAGGCACCUGGACAGCAGACACCCAGAUGGCCUUAGACCUGGGCUCCGCUAGCAUUCUCUGGACUACCAAAGGGUCAGGGUUGCAAAGUCUGAGUCUCCUAAAAAAUAGAACGUACUCUUUGAACAAGUCCUGGAGUGAUGGGCUCAUCGCGGCCCAUGAGCCCUACCUGGUGACGGUGGACCAGGCAGCUCUUGUGCUGUGGAACAGGAAGACGCUGGAGCCCUUCUCAGUGCUGAAGGAAUCAUACGUAAAGAAAAUGAUCAUCUUGGCAGAGAACCAGGAGGUGCCGGAUCCUGAGAUUGAAGGAGCCACAAUGGUCCCUCCUACUCUUCCUCCUCCACCACCUCUACUAUGCACCCGGUCCUCUGUUCCCUGUCGGGAUGGGAAGGAAUGUAUUUCUCGGGAGUCCCUCUGUGACGGCCAGCGUGACUGUCAGGAUGGCUCCGAUGAAGAGAACUGCUCCCAGCUCUGCCACAAACCAGGAGUCUUCCAGUGUCUGGAUGGAAGAAGGUGCAUAGAGGAGAAAUACCACUGCGAUGGGGCUCAGCACUGCUUGGAUGGGUCUGAUGAGCUCAGCUGCUGGAAGCCUGUCGAAGAGUGUUCUCUGCGCUGUGACAACAAGACUCGCUGCAUCCCUAAGAGCUGGCUAUGUGAUGGAAACCCAGACUGUUCUGACAAGAGAGAUGAACAAGGAUGUGGUAGGUUUCAACGGGCUUCCUGAAAGUAUUUUAAACAGUAUUAGAGUUGCUGCUGCUUUUUCAUAGUAGGUAGGUUCUAAAUGAGCAGAUAUGGAACCAUCCUCAUUCCUGGAAGUAAUGCCAGGUUGGGUACCUAUAGAGCCUCUGGUCACAAUGUUUUUAUCAACUGACUGAUACUUAGCCUCUUUGCAUAUGUAUUUCUGUUGAAAGGUGUCAUGAUAUCUGUUGUUGAUUCAUCAGCAUUGAGCUCACAACACUGCCAUUCAGCCCUUAACACAGCUUACCUAAUACAGGUAUUUCUCCUUAAAGCAAGUCACAGCUAUCUUGUGCUCAGGAACAUUAGACAGCAUUUCAGCCCUGUGCUAGGAGGCCAUUCAAUAGAAAAAUCACCAAAAUGAGACUAAAUAGACUGCAAAAAGUACACUUAUAGUUUAAGAGCCAACAUAAGAAUGCCCCAGUGCGUCUAUUUGACCUCUGCUGGGAACUUGCACAUUGAGUGACUCAAAUUUCUUGCCACUAUGCAUGUGUCUGCAGAUGACAUGAGAGUAUGGAAGUACUGACCUGAGGUUACAAAGAAAGUAAGUAGUUGAAUGUGCAAAUACUGAAUCCAAAAAUGAGGAUCAUUGACUCUCUUUUCUACAGAUGUAACAGACUAAGAUAAAAGAUCUUGAGGUAGAGGGAUCUUAGAGAUCAGCCCCAAUGCCCCCCUCUAUUACAAGACCAUAUAGUGGGAAAUCCAUCUAUGCUCCAAAGUUCCUUUAUGUUGAGUUAGACUCUGCCUCCUUGAAGAUUUAAAUUUUGGUCUCAGCUUCCGCCUUGUGGGAUCGUGUAGAAGAGAAAAUUGGGAGAAUCUAAGUGGGAGGAGGGAAGCUGGGUAAGCUACUAUGUUAGUCAGCCUUCUGUCCUUGUGACCAAGCUACUGGACAAAGAACAACUUAGAGAAGAAAUGUUUAUUUUGGGCUCAUGAUUUCAGAGAUCUCAGUACAUGGUUGGCUGGCUCCAUUGCUCUGAGCAUGAGGUACGGCAGAACCUCAUGGCAGAAGGAUGUGGUGGAGAAAAGCUGCUCAGCUUGUGGCAGUCAGGAGGCAGAAACACCCUGGCUUUGAUCCUUUUGAGUUUCUAGGUUGAAGGCGUGUAAACUAGUUUCCACCUAUCAGACCCACCCUUGUGAGACUUGGAUAGUGAAGUGUGCAGUGUGAGGUGGGAACCAUUAUGUGGACAUCAAUAUUCCUUUUUAUUUUGUUUGUGUGUGUAUGUUUUGUUUAUUUUUAUAAUAUUGGGAUUGAACCCAGGGGUACUCUACCAAGUUUUUUUAAAAAAUAUUUAUUUC